GUCUGGUCUCCGUGCUAUUCCUCAGCAGCAGAGAGAGAGAGAGAAAAGAAAGCCAGCACAACUCCAAAGUAAACUUUGAAGAGUUUGAAAAAGGAAUUGAAUCUUAAAGCUGUUACUGUGCCCUGUAAGGCCCUUGCGUGUGGGACUUCAAAGGAGAAUGAUGGUCAAGGAAGCUUUGGCAAGAGUGAUUACAGCUGUGGGCUAUCUAGGAUCCAAGUAAAUAGCCCUACAGCUCUUCAGGAGAGAGGAGUCCUGAAUACUGUUCUGCUUUGAAGAGAUCACAGUUCUCAUCCAACAGGACAUAUGGCUCUUUUAAAGAAAAUUAACCAGAUCUUAUUGUUACUUCUCAUCUUAACUGUGUGUGCCAUUCUGUAUAACAAAGUACACCAAGUGCCAUCUGCAUUAAAGAAUGAAACAGUUGAUUUGGAGAGUCCUGAGGAACUGGAAGAAGAAAUCCCAGUUGUAAUCUGUGCUGCUGCAGGCAGGAUUGGUGCAGCUGUAGCAGCAAUCAGCAGCAUCUACAGCAACACAGAGGCUAAUGUUUUGUUCUACAUAGUUGGGCUGAAGACCACCAUUCCUCAUAUUCGCAAAUGGAUUGAAAAUUCUAAGCUGAAAGAAAUAAAGUUUAAGGUUGUGGAAUUCAACCCUAUGGUACUAAAAGGAAAAAUCAGACAAGAUGCAUCACGCCCUGAGCUUCUGCAGCCUCUGAACUUCGUUCGAUUUUAUCUUCCUUUGCUUAUCCAGAAACAUGAGAAAGUAAUAUAUUUGGAUGAUGAUAUCAUAGUUCAAGGUGACAUCCAGGAACUCUAUGAUACUAAGUUAGCUGCUGGACAUGCUGCAGCUUUUUCAGAUGAUUGUGAUCUGCCUUCUACACAUGAAAUGGUUAGGAGUGUAGGGAUGCAGAACACAUAUAUGGGAUUCUUGGACUACAGAAAACAAGCAAUUAGAGAUCUUGGCAUCAGCCCCAGCACCUGCUCCUUUAAUCCUGGAGUAUUUGUAGCUAACAUGACUGAAUGGAAGCAUCAGCGGAUUACAAAGCAGUUGGAAAAGUGGAUGCAAAGAAACGUAGAGGAAAACCUCUACAGCAGCACACUUGGGGGAGGUGUGGCAACCUCUCCAAUGCUAAUUGUAUUUCAUGGAAAGUAUUCUACUAUUAACCCCAUGUGGCACAUAAGGCAUCUUGGUUGGAGUCCUGAUACCCGUUACUCAGAGCAUUUUCUUCAAGAAGCUAAAUUACUUCAUUGGAAUGGGAGAUACAAACCUUGGGACUAUCCCAGUGUUCACACUGAUCUCUGGGAAAACUGGUUUAUUCCUGACCCAUCAGGGAAGUUCAAAUUAACUCGUCCUGACAGCUGAUACUGGAAACACUUAAAUGCACCCAUACACUCUGUUUUGCAGUAUGGAAUAGUUUGUGAUGCAGCAUGCUGUAUAAUUAACUGAUUUUAGAAAGCUAGGUAUUUGGUAAAUAUAUGAAUAAAUGACCAUCAGUUUUGUGUGCUUACAGCUGGAGUGGGAGGCUGACAGGACAGCUGCACAGUUGAGAUUAUCCUGACUUUCACAUGAGGUGAGGAACUGAGUUUAGUUGACAAGGAAGUAUUUUGAUUAAACAUUUACAGAGGUGUCAUUCAGUGCUCAACUGUGUGUUUUAAUGGGAUGUC